AUGCAGGGUGGUUACGGUCCCCAGGUUCAGCCUGACACUGUUGACGCUUUCUUGUCAUAUGCUCCUUUCCACUCCAUGGCAUCUGCUGCCGCUACCGUCGUCCCUAGCUCCGACAAGACUCAGUACACUCAGGUCUUCAAGGACUUGGAUGCCGCUGUUUCUGCCAACUCUUACAUUGGUCUCUACACCUUGACCGCCUACAACCCCCAGGACUGCGCUGCCAAGUGUGACGACACCGAUCUCUGCACCUCGUUCAACAUCUACAUUGAGCGUGACCCCAGCCUUGCCCCAGCAAACAAUGACAACACCACCUACACCCCUUGGGAGACUUACUGCCCCAACCCCUCUUCCAUCACCAACUACAAGUGUACCCUUUGGGGCUCCAACCUCUCCCCCGACGUCGCUACCAACAAGGGUGACUACCGUGAGCAGUUCCAGACUGUCAUCACUGGUUCCAACGCCUACGACAAGACCAACGUUACUACCCCUUCGUGCUCUGUCCCCGUCGUUUCUAGCACCUCUGUCGUCUCUUCCGCUGUUUCCACCCCUACCUCUUCCGCUGUCGUUGUCUCGCCCACCAAGCCUGCCGGUCCCCCUUCUCCUCCUGGUGGCCCCGGAAGCCCUCCUCCCCCUCCCGCUGGUGGCCCUCAGCCUCCUGCCGGCGGCCCUGCACCCCCUGCUCCUAACGGCCCCGCUGGUCCUGGCCCCAAGCAGCCAACCUUGAAGCCCGGUCAGAACUGCGGUCCCAAGGCCAUCUCCGCCCCCAGCUACCACAUGGGCAGCAAGUUCAUCCCCGGCCCCUUCAACCCUCAGAUCUGCUCCAACUACGCCAUCGAGCAAAACACCUUCAACCGCAACGCCGCCAUCAAGGCUGGCAAGAACAGCUUCACCCCUUGCAAGAUGUUCAACUCGUACUUUUUGCACAAGGACAACAAGCCCUUCGGUACUUACUGCUCGCUCUACGGCGCUGCUCUCGACCACAACAAGUACGCUACUUUCGGUGGCAGUGGCUCUUACAAGACUCACCAGUCUUGGACUUUUGAGUUCGAGUACGAUGUCAACUACUCCAAGUGUUAG